AUGAAAGAAUACAUCUCCGCGUGUGAAACGUGUAGAGAACUUGACAGCAUGACACACGCAAAGGAGACACUGAUGUCCCACGAAGUCCCAUCUCGUCCUCGGGAAAAGAGAUCCACAGACAUCUUUACCAUUGAUGGGAAGAAUUACCUGGUCACGAUAGAUUAUUGCAGCAAUUUCUGGGAGGUGGACAGGUUACCGAACACUAAAGCCAGCACCACCAUCCUGAAGCUGAAGAGUCACUUUGCCCGCUAUGGCAUACCUGAUCAAGUGAUUAGUGACAACGGACCGCAAUUUACAUCUGACGAGUUUGCCAGCUCUCCAGAACAUGGGAUUUUGAGCAUCUUACUAGUAGCCCUGGAAAUAGCAAGGCCAACGGCAGAGUCUGGGAUGAAGACAGCUAAGCGCAUGCUGAAGAAAUCAAUCAGAGCUGGAACCGACCCAUACCUCGCCGUACUCGAUUAUAGAAACACACCCACGCAAGGAAUGACAACCAGCCCAGCGCAACGCCUGAUGAGCCGAAGGACCAAGGCACUCCUUCCUACAACUCAGAGCCUAUUACUGCCUAAGAAUAUAAACCUGGAAAGUGAAAAGAAAGGGUUGUGA